AUGAAUCCAAUCAGAGCAUUGAGGCCCUUUGCCUCGCGAUUCACAGCUUCAACUCUCCCCGCAUUUUCACGAGCCUACUCGGACAAAUCCUACCAGUUCAUCCAAACUACAGAACCAAGACCUGGAGUAGGACAAAUAACGUUAAAUCGACCCAAAGCAUAUAAUGCCCUUUCCACACCACUCAUAACCGAGCUCAACGAUGCUCUCCUAGCAUUCGACAAAUCUCCAUCCAUAUCUGCUAUUGUUCUUACCGGAUCUGCAAAAGCCUUUGCAGCCGGUGCCGAUAUCAAAGAAAUGGCACCUCUUACUUUCUCUGAAGCCUACACCACUUCUUUCAUAGAAUCCUGGUCAAAUCUCACAACGGCCAUCAAGAAGCCUAUAAUCGCGGCCGUUUCAGGGCAUGCUUUGGGCGGAGGUUGUGAAUUAGCUCUGAUGUGCGAUAUUUUAUACUGCACGGAGAAUGCAAAUUUUGGACAACCAGAAAUUAAACUUGGAACGAUACCUGGAGCCGGUGGUAGUCAAAGACUAACGAGGGCAAUUGGUAAAGCUAGAGCUAUGGAGCUUAUCUUGACAGGCAAGAACUUUACCGGCAAAGAAGCAGGAGAAUGGGGAGUCGCUGCAAGGACAUAUACAAGCUGGGAAGAGUUGAUUGAAGCUGCGCUUGGUACCGCCGGGACAAUUGCAGGGUACAGUAAGGUAGCAGUGCAGGCUGCGAAGGAAGUUGUCAAUAAGAGUCAGGAUCUGCCGCUCAGAGAUGGCGUGGAGUAUGAGAGGAGAGUGUUCCACAGCUUGUUUGGAAGUCAGGAUCAAAAGAUUGGAAUGAAGGCUUUUGCAGAGAAAAAGACAGCCGAGUGGACUCACAAGUAA